CAACUACGGGCGCAUUUUCUCACCAUUCAUCUGCUCAGCGCUAUCAGAAAGAGGAGAUUCCAGCUCACGGGAUUAUGAAAUAACCACAGAAAAGGAUAUUAUAUCAAACACUGUUUCUUUUUUGGGGGGUCAGUUACGCGAGCACUUCGUAGGGGUGUUCUUCUUUCAUCUUUCUGAUAACUGGAUUAAUUUGAAUCAUGAGUUUCAUAUUUCUCGUUCCGUUUACGCGAAGGAAUGAUUAAUAAGUGACCUGAUCUUUCGCGCAAGACCACUUUUUUAACUAUAGGACUAUGGCCAAAAACAUUACAGACGUCUCGAGGGAUGAUUUAAGCAAGGUGUCGGAUGAGGAACUGCAGAAAUGUAGCAAAGAGGAGUUGCUGAGGAGACUCCGAAAAGUGGACGCCGAAAAGAUGAACUUAAUGCUGGAGCACGGCAACAUGAUGAAGGACGUCAACCGGAGAUUGCAACUGCAUCUGCACGAAAUAAGGAGCUUGAAGGAGGUCAACCAGAAGCUACAAGAGGACAACCAGGAGCUCAGGGAACUGUGCUGCUUCUUGGACGAUGAUCGGCAGAAAGGGAAGAAGCUGUCCAGGGAAUGGCAGAGGUUUGGGAGAUACACUGCCAGCGUGAUGUGGAAGGAGGUCGGCGUGUUUCAGCAAAAACUGAAAGAGCUGGAGAGCAAUCAGGACAGUGUGAUGAGGGAGAACUUGGAGCUCAAGGAGAUCAUCAUCAUGUUGGACGAUGAGAGGAACGGAGCCGGAUCCAGAAGCUCCAUAGACAGUCAGUCGAGUCUGAGCAAUCUGAAUGGUGGUUCUGCCACUGUCAGGGAUGUUGGGGAUGGAAGCAGUACAUCUAGUACAGGCAGUGCUGGAAGCCCUGAUCACCACCACAGUCAUAUUCACAAGCCCACUGAGGGAAAGAUCACGUCUAUUAGGAGGUCUAUGGAUGAUUUAUCGACUAACCAUCUUCUUAGAAACAUACCGAAUGGGCUGAAUGACUCAUCAUCAAAUUACAUCCGCCAACUGGAGACCAAAGUGCGGAUUUUAGAGGAUGACAACAAGCAAUUGUUAUCUCAGGGCAGUGUAGGAGACCUGAAGACGCUCCGGAAAGGUCUUUCUCUGUAUCACUCGGAGUCUCAGCUCUCCUCGCUCUCACAGUUUCAGGACACCUUACAAAACGGGUCUAUACGGAUUGCUGGAGGUGAUCUGGCGCCCACCGUAACAGGAUACCUGCCUGCAGCACAGAAACCUGAGGCUGUUGUACAUGCCAUGAAAGUAUUAGAAGUGCAUGAGAACCUGGACAGGAAGAUCCCAGAGGACUAUGAGGAGGAUCUGAGCGAGAAAGAGAAAGCCAUUGUCAGAGAGAUGUGUAACGUGGUGUGGCGUAAACUGGGCGAUGCAGCAGGAACCAAGCCCUCCAUCCGCCAACAUCUUUCUGGAAACCAGUUCAAAGGCCCUUUGUAGCUCCAUGCCAGUGAGCGGCAGAGCCUCCAGCAAACCAACUAAUCUGUGAAAAUGACCACAGUCUCAGAUCUGGGCAACUUCACUUCUACUGCCAGCUUCUCUCAGCCUAUGGCGUUCAUUCAUUCCAGAUAUUUCACACCUGUUACCUACAACACCAGGUUUAAUAUAUAUCCCGGACUCACAAUUAGUAAAAGCUAAAUCGUAGCUCUAUUUAUGUGCAUACCAUCCAAGUAUUCAUAAGAGGCAGCUUAAUGGAUUCGUUUCUCAUUCCUUAUAUUGGAAUAAAAGCACACAGCUAAAUGGAGACACUGCAAGAUUACAACCUUAGUUUCCACUCCUGAAAGCUUUCUCACUUUAGCACAAGACCGUUCCAUGUUAUUAUUAAAUGAUUUUUCAUUGAGCCUUUACAGUACCGUUCAAAGGUUUGAGUUGUGAGAUUUAAAAUAAUAAUAAUGUAAUGACAAAUAAAAUAACAAAAAAUAAAAAUAAUAAAUACUAAUAAAAAAAUAAUAAAAUAAUAAUAAUAAAAAGUGAAUAAUUAAAUGUAGCAUUGAUUGGUCAAAAUAGAAUGAAAUGCUAAUAUUAUGUAAUAUUAUAUAUUUAAAAAAAAAACUUAAUUAAAAAGUAAAACACAAGGAUGAUUGUUUUGGGGAUCCGUGUGAUCUAAAAAAUGGCAUGAAGGUUUAGUAAAACAGGAUUUAAAGGGGAACUGUUAUGCAAAAAUCACUUUUAUAUAAGUUUUAACACAGUUGUGUGGCAACAGUCUGUGAAUAUAAGGCAGCUUCUACUGGUACAAAUUGGUUAAUUUAGUUUUGUUUAGAAUCGCACGUUAUAAAAACAGUCUGCAGAAACACUUUGAUUGACAUUCUGCCUUUGUACGUGUCAUCAGACAGGGAAAGUACUGCCUACUAUUAGCGAUCUCUCCCUUAUUAGCACUGGACAUUAUUCUUGUUUUGAAUCUGCCACUAUUCUGACACAUAGGCAUUUAUAGCUCCACCUUCUUUUGAGAAGACACAAUCUCAUAUGAAUUUAAAGUGACAGUCCCUAAAAUGACACAAUUCGUAUCAGAGCCUAAAAGGGUCAGUUUCAAAGAGUUAAAAACAUUAUUUGUGGGGUAUUUUGAGCAAAAACUUCACAUACGCACUCAUGAGGACAUCAGCAUCUAAUGGUACAAAUUGAAUAAUUACAUUUUUAUUAUCACACUUGAUAAUACAGUCUGCAGAAACACUUUGAUUGACAUUCUCCCUUUGUACGUGUCACCAGAGGGGGCAUGUCCCACCCAUUAGUGAUGAUCUCUGCCUUAUUUGCAUAAUAUGUUAGUCUUGUUUUUGACUCUGCUACUAUUCUGAUAGAUUGGCAUUUAUAGAUCUGCCCUCUUUUUAAAAGUGGACUAGGGCCACAAUCUCAUUUGAAUUUAAAGUGACAGUCACCAAAAUGGCACAAUUAGGAUCAAAGCCUAAAAGGGUCAGUUUCAAAGAGUUAAAAACAUGAUUUGUGAGGUAUUUUGAGCUGAAACUUCACAUACACACUCUAGGGACAUCAGACUUAUUUUACAUCUUGUAAAAUAGGGCGUAAUAGGUCCCCUUUAAAAAAAAAAAAAGAAAGAUUUAGCAUCACGUGUUUAACUUUUGAUCAAUUUGCUAACAAAAAAGUCUUACUAAACCCAAACCUAUGAACGGUUAUAUACUGUACAGUGUUUUGUUAGAACCACUCAAACCAAAAGAUUUCGUUUAUCAUAAUAAUUAUACAAUUGCCAGACAUUAGAUAGUUUUAUUUUCUUAUCAAUGCUGUUUUCCUGAGCUUAAUGUUCAUUUUCAAUCAUUCAUAUGAUAAAUAAGAUAUAAAGCAGUAAACUUGUACAAGAAAAAUAAAGAAGCAGCUUUUUAAACAGUUCAUAAAUUCAAAAAACAAAUGACUGCACACCUAAUAUUCUAGAGAUCUUUGCAGGCCAGCUCAUAAGUAUAAGCUUCUAAAAAGUAUUUUUCUGAACAUUAAUUAUAAAUGCCAGCUCAAAUUUCAAAGUUUGAUACUAAAAGUACUUUAAGCUGUAAACUGACAAUCGUGAUUAACUGAAGCUGCUGUUAAACAUUUGUUUAUGUCUGUUAAAUGAUAGCAGAUCAAGUCAAAAUUCAAUAGCAGUGUCUUAUAAUACGUCCCAGUGGAGUGCUUCCGAUUGCAUAUGAGACCUUUGUGGUGUCAUAAUAUGAUUGAAAGGACUGUUAAAGCUUUUUUUUUUUUAGAUCUACAGAUUGAGUGAACUGUAAAGAACUGGACCGCAGUUUCAGGUUGUAGAUACUGAAUAGGUGCAAUAGAGAAACUGCACCGGAUGAAUGGAGGUAUGAAAGUGUUGUGUGUGUUUUUCUGUUCAGUCUGGAAUAACAGAUGAUAUUCAUCAAGUUUAAAGGGACAGUUCACCCAAAUAUGAACAUGUGCUGGUGAUUUACUCAUCCUCAGAGCAAUCAAGAUGAAUAUUAUGAAUAUUAGAAAAGAUUUGAAGCCAGUCAUUGGUGAUAAACAAAAUGCAAGUCAAAAGCUAAAUAUACAGGCAUAACGAAAUUAAUACCAUAACUCCUGACUAAACAUUGAGAAGCAAAACAAUCGACCUGUGCAAGAAACUGAACAUUAUUUAUAACAUUAUUACCUUUUACUCACAUGUAUUAAUUUAAAACACAUGUAUACUCUUUAAAAUGCCAGUAUCUUAUACCAGUUUCUCAGCAUUUUAUGAAUAACCAAGGACCACAGUUUCAGGAUUCAAAAAAAGGGUUUAAUUUUCUAAUGAAUAAUAAUAAUAACAACAACAACAAUAAUAAUAAUAAUAAUAAUAAUAAUAAUAAUAAUUUUAAAAAAAGUCAUAGGUACAUGUAUAGACAAACUUUUUAGCCCUCCUGUGAAAAUGUUAUACUGUUACAAAUAUUUCCCAAGUGCUAUUCAACAAAGCAAAGAUAUUUUAACAUUAUUUCCUUUUCACCUUAUUCACCAGGCACAUCCAUUUGAAUCUUUUUGGCUUGAGACUUCUGUUCUUAUUCACUUCCAUUAAUUUUUAGAUGUUAAAAACAGAUUGUUCUGCUGCUUGAUGUUGCAAACUGAUCUUGAUUAAGAAUACCCGUAUCUUGCAAAACAACUAUAGCAAAGACUACAGAAAUUAGUCACAAGCAAUUACUUAUUUAAACUAUUAUGUUGAUUAAUAACCUCUCUGCUAAACAAAAGUACAAAUUCACAGGAGGGUGAAUCAUUAUGUCUUCAACUGUGUCCUGAAGAUGAGAAAAUCAAAAAUAAAUGUCAUUUUUAGGUGAACUAUCCCUUUAACGUAUAUACUGAAUAAAAUUCAAGCAAACUGGACUAGAAACUGGAUAAAGGAUGGGUUAUUAAUAAUGAGCUCAUUUUGCUUCAUUUUGUGUAAAAUGUCUAAUUCAGCUAUAGUUCAUGAGAAUCAUUGGGCAAUAUUUUGUCUGUUUUGUAUGUGUGUGUACGUGCUGUACAUGGCAUAGCGAAGUCUUAUGAAUGAAAGGGCAGUAAAAGAGGUGUCUUUUGAGUUUUGUGUGUUCUAAUUCAGAUCCUUUAUCUGCGGACACAAGAACUGCCUCAAAAGAUGCUUGCUGCAUUCCCACAAAAGCUCUUAUUUUUCAAAACCACUGACCCGAUAAGCCAUAAUUUUGUAUUGUUCGUUUAAAUCAAAGCUCUUUCGAGCAUCUCUGAAAUCCCUCAGCUGAUCUAGUUAUUUUUGUAUUAAAGCUGUGCGGAUUUUUUUUGAAAACUAGAUGUUUAUGAGAGCAGUGCUGGAUUGAAAUCACAUCCGGAUGGUUUUGUUCACACUGGAUGCAGCAGGCCACUUUUGGUGGUGUGUGUUUUUUAUUUUUGUUUUGUGCGGGAACAAAAUGAGCAGCAAACAUUUCAAUAAGUACAUCAGAAAAUGUCAUAUUUUUUUUAAUAGUAAGAAUAUGCUUUGAAUUUGGGUCAGUAUCGCAGUAUGUGCUGUUAACAACAGUGAAUAUUGUCUCGGUUAAACUGUGAAGUGUUUAUUGUGAACACAAACCCGGAAAUAAUCAUUUAUUCAAACUAUUUUUUUGAAACUCAUUUAAAAGUGUCCUUUACAAAGAGAUCUCGUCUUCGCAACUACUGACUUUUAUUUUGUAUUUAAGUUUAAAGCACACCAGAAUCUGAAAUGCUGACGUUUGGCUGUUUUCUUUUUCUUUUUUCAAAUGCACUGCUUCUUUUGCGAGUGAGGAUUUGAUGUUUGGAUGUCCUGUGUAGCUCAUCUGUAUGUGAAACAAUGAAGUUGUGUUCUAGGACAGGACAAUUCAGCGCCGUGUAAAUAACUACUCUUACUGUAGAAUACCUGUAACUAGCAUGCCUUUAUAUAUUUUUUAUUAAGCUGUAUGUAGCUGAGAAUGGACCUGUAUUUUAGCUAAUAAUAUUCUAAAUAAUUUGCGAAUAACCCUCUUGUAGAUUUGAAAUAAAACAAAGAAUCCUUCUCUUUG